UUUGCGAUUUAACAGCUUCGGUACAUGGCAGUAGGUACAUAGACGUUCAAGCCAUUAUACAUUCGAAUAAUUGGCUUAAAGUUGUGUGAGUGUGUGUCUUUUAAACAAUAAUAAUGAAAUUAAUCAUAAUUUUUUUAUCAAUAUCAAUGGUUGGACUUAGUUUAUUAACUUGCCGAGAUAUGCCAAUGAACUUUAUCGAAAUCGCAAACGAAUUAGGCUACUCGGUGCGGGAGUACGACGUGGUCACGCAAGACGGAUAUAUUUUAAAAUUGUUUCAUAUACCCGGUGAUAGAAGUAGACCCGUUUUACUGAUGCACGGCCUCGUUGAUUCGGCUGAUACUUUCAUUUUAAGGAGGGAUACAUCUCUAUGUAUUGCACUGGCUAAUGCGGGCUAUGACGUUUGGAUCGGAAACAAUAGGGGUAAUAAGUACUCACGACGUCACCAAUAUUUGGAUCCGGACAGUGAUAAAGAAUUUUGGGAUUACAGCUUUCACGAACUUGGUUACUAUGACCUUCCCGCUAUAAUAGACUUUGUGCUUGAUAACACUGGAGCGAAGAGUUUGAGUGCCAUAGGACAUUCACAAGGUAACUCAAUAUUUCUAGUCCUCGGCGCAACGCGACCAGAAUACAACGAAAAGAUAAAGGUCUUAGUGUCUUUGUCACCGAUAUGUUUUCUGAAUAACAUGAAAAAAUCGGCUUCCCGGUUGUUGAAAUUAUUUCCAGUAAUUGUUCAAUUCUUCACAAUAACGGGGCAGGUUGAGAUUUUAGGCGAGAAUACAGUCUUCGCACGUAUAUUUAGGUAUAUCUGUGGAACCAAAAAUAGUUAUGGCUUUUGUGCGCAUGGAAUCUUUUUUCGUUUAGCGGGAAAUGAUCCCGAAGAACUUGAAGCUGACUUCUACCCCACCGUUGUUGCUUAUUAUCCAACAGGCACGUCUAAGAAGAAUGUCGUACACUUGUCACAGGUUAGUAUCAGACGAACUUUUGCGGAAUUUGAUUAUGGACUGAGAAAUUUUGACAUUUAUAACUCAACUGUUUCUCCGGAAUACGAUUUAAGUAAAGUUAAGAUGAAAGUUGCGCUACUGGCUGGGAGAAAUGAUUACAUAUCCACAAUAAAGGAUGUAUUAUUAUUAAGGAGUAAAUUACCGAAUGUUAUUGAAUAUACUGUUGUAAAACAUAAGAAAUUUAAUCAUAUAGAUGGGGUGUGGGGAAGGAAUAUGAACGUUUAUCUUUUUCCAAGUAUUUUCGACAUUUUAUCAAAGCAUGGCUGACGUGUGAUUAUUUUUGAACAUCCUAUGUUAAUCUGAACUUUUUUGUGGUAUCUGUGGAUUUACAAACUAU